ACUCACACAAGCACUAAGCUUACUAAGAGACUGCUUCUACUAUUACCUUUACUAAGAGUCAUGGCGGAGGCAAAGCCAGGAGGAGCAGGGAUCUUUGCCAAAAAUGUACAAAAAAGAUUCAGCCGUGCUCAAGAAAAGGUUCUUCAAAAAUUGGGAAGAACCAUAGAAACUAAAGAUGAGAUGUUUGAGCAAAGUUCUUAUAACUUUAACCGGCAACAGAGCGAAGGAAAUAAAUUACACAAGGAUUUGAAAGCAGUCUACACUUCUGUGAAAGCAAUGCAUGACUGCUCUAAGAAAUUAUCUGAAACGCUGUUUACAAUUUACAGAGCAGAUUGGGAUGGUUACAAUGACCUUAAAGACAUUGUAGAGAAUGAUGACCUCCUAUGGAGUGAUUAUGAGGAGAAGUUCUCAGACCAGGCAGUGCAUAUCAUGGAGAAUUACAUGUCUCAGUUCUAUGAAAUGAAGGAGAAAAUAGCCAAGCGGGGCAGGAAACUGGUGGACUAUGACAGUGCCAGACACCACCUGGAGGCACUUCAGAACGCCAAGAAGAAGGAUGAGGCCAAAAUUACCAAGGCUGAAGAAGAGUUCAAUAAAGCACAAAUGGUAUUCGAGGACUUGAAUAAGGAAUUACGAGAAGAGCUGCCUGUUUUGUAUAGCAGUCGAAUUGGAUGCUAUAUCACCGUUUUCAAGAACAUUUCUAAUCUGAGAGAUGUUUUCUUCAAAGAGAUGAGUAAGCUGAACCAUGACCUGUAUGAAGUGAUGAGCAAACUGGAGAAACAGCAUUCCAAUAAAGUUUUUAUCAUCAAAGGAGUAAAAAGCAAAAGGAACUCUUUGAUGAUUUCAUCUCCUAUAAAGUGCACCAGUUCAUUUUUUAUGGCUUCAGUAGACACAGGGGUAAAUAGUCCAAGCAGUCAUGGCGAGUCCAUGGACCAGAAGCUUGAUAAUAGUACAUUGUGCUCUGAUACAAAUGAAAUACAAAAUUCUUCCUCUGGGGAUGGAAAUGCCUGCAAAUCACCAGAAGAAACAAAGGAUGAUCUUGAGCUAUCAGGCAGUCUAUUCAAGAAGCCAAUGGAUGAAGUUGGCAAGACCUCAGAAGAAUUUGAACAAGAAUCAUUGGAAUCCAAAGAGGAAUCAUUAAAUGACUCUACAGAACAGAGCUCACAAGACACAAAUCAAAAAUGGCCUGACAAAUCAAACAAGGGUGGUUUGGAGGAAGUAGUUCUGGUGACUCCAGAACAAAUAAUGCAGACAAACUUAGUAGACUCAACAGAGGAGUCUGAUGCAAUUGCACGUGGUGAUUUAGGAGACAAUGCAACAGGUGAAACAAAAAAGGGAAAAUCAGAGGAUCAGGCAGAGGAAAGUUCAAGGGAAAGGACAGAGAAAGACUUAGAAGAAGGAACACAAUGUAACCAAGGGGAUACAACACAUAGUAAUACUGAGGAAAGUAACAGACCUGUGCAUGCGGCGCAGGAAGCAACAACGAACACGUUAUGCAGAUACAAUGUGCAUGCAGAGAGGGAAUCUGUGCACCAUAAACAGGACACAAAGGACAUCAUACAGGGUGACAAUGGGGACACGAAGGAAGAAGAUUUAGGGCAGUGUCAAGGAGGCAAGGUAGAUGGAGACACGGGGGACAUUAAAGAAAGUACUUCUAAAGAUUUCACACAAGGAGAUUCUGCCCUUGAAAUUUCUUCAAACUGUAAAAAUAUGUCUGAAGAAAAUGUUCUGGAGCCAGAAAAGGAUUAUAAGCAAAUUAGCGCUGAUUUGAAACAAGUUGACAAUAAAUCAACAGCAGAAUAUCUACCACAAGCUGAAUCGAGCCAUUUCACUUGUAAACCUGAUGAAAAUGCCUUGCACGAGGGUUCAGAGCCAGAUGAGCCAGAUUCUCAGACAUCAGCUGGAACACAGCAUGUAGAUAAUUGCAGCAGCUCGGUCACUGAAAGCUACCUCCAAGCCAAUGAAAGCAACCUCCCAUCCUCCACAGACAAGAAACAAGAAUUGGUACCUGAAAGAGAAGAUGAUGGCCAAAGACUUUAGUGCUGGCACAUGUGUCAUGUAAACCUGUGUAUGUAGAUUUUGCAUGCAGAAACAAGCAUUUUUUCAACAUACCAUCAUUUUACAAUACCACCAUAUAAUUUAUGCUUAGUAAUAAUAAGCAGCUGUUUAGUCAGUAUGAUAACAUAGCUUUAGAUUCACCAACAUUAAAAAUAGAGGCAUGAUUGAAGACAUCUGAAUUAUUUGGCUCUGGCAGAUUGUAGGGCAGUACUGUGUACUAAUAUUCCUAGAUAAAGUAACUGUCCCUUUGGGCUGGUAAUUCAGGAAUAACAUUUGAGUUGGAUUUUUUUUUUUUAUGUAUUUCAGGACUGCAGAAAAUAUUGACAGGCCGCAGGUGCCACUUGUUGACAUAAGUGCGACCACCGGCAGGAUACGGACAGCUAUGCGCUACGUUUUUAUCCUCACACACCAUGCUGAAGCAUGUACUAUAACUUGUAGGAGUUCAAUAAAAACUCAACUAAGAAACUGAAAUGUCAGGUGUCAACUGUGCAGGACAGAUAGGAAACUACACUUCAUGGUGCAGUUAGUAUACGCAAGGGGAGGAUUAAAUUAGAUGUUUAAUUUUCUAAAACCAUUUAAAAUAAGCACAUACAAUGAUUUGUAUGCUUUAAGGGCAACCUCUUAUAAUUAGCAGACACCUUAUUUUAUUCUUUCUUUUAAAUAUUUAAUCAAAA